AUGCAUGACGAUUGUAAAAUAUCGAUCGUCGCGAGUGGUUCUAUCCGUCAUCAACGUUUUUCGUCGCUUGCAACGAUUCCUCCCUCUCGUUCAUCUUCACCUUCGUCAACAUUAGUUUCAAGAUCACCAUCGACGAUUGCCCAAGAAACAUUCAUUCGCGUGUUUUGUUCAUUUGUUUACAAAAAUUUUGAAUCAGUCAAAAUUGAUGGUAUGUCAUGUUCUCUUGGAGAACUGAAACGUUUAAUCGCGGCAAAAUCAUCGCGUUCAGGGACUUACCAUCCCAAGGAUGAUUAUGACUUAAUUAUCAGCAACGCCAAUACACAUGAAGAAUACAGAGAUAAUUCAGAUUUGAUACCUCGAAAUGCAAGUGUUAUUGUGGCUCGACGUAUUCGUGGAAUUGUGGAUACAUUGACGCCAUUAUCUACCCAAAAGCCUGUUGUUUCAUCAGAUGAUAUUGUGAAAGAUAUUUUGUUACCUGCAAUUUUCAAUCAAAAUCAAUUGACUACGGGAAAUUCAUCAUCGGUUGUCGAAACAAACGCGAUUCCGUUAGAGAAACUCACUGAAACAACAAGUAACAAUGGCCAGGCGAAAGAAAUGACGGAAGAUGAUUUAAUCAAAGAAAUUCAAAUGGGUUCUCAAGCUCGUUACGUGAUGCCACAGCCACCUUAUAGAACGAAUUUAUUUGUAUGUCACCAUUGUAAACAACCUGGCCACAUCAAAAGUCAAUGUCCUUCAUUUUCACAAACAUCCAAUGCGAAUUCGACUGGUAGUACGUCGAAUACAAGUUCAACUCCAGGAGAUAAUACACAAGCGGGAACUUCAGGUCCAAUACGACCAUCUGUACCACAUUCAUCUCAUAUUGUUACACGUCAUGCACCAUACCAGAUGUCCUAUCAUCCCCGUGGAAAUCGUUCGCAUCGUGGUGCUGGUCAUCCACGCGGUGAACCACUACCGAAAAAGACCACGGGAAUUCCACGUGAUCGACUUAUACCAAUUUCGAAACAUAUACCCGGUGCAUUGCGAGAUCAAACUGGUGCUUCGGUUGUACCAAGACAGAUGGUAGAAUUAUAUAUGGAGCGAUUAGGAAAGAAAGAGGAUACUUCAGCUCAAACAUCUCGUCAAAACGAUGACAAAUCUGCUUUGCCAUCCUAUUUAUCGUCAAACAAAUCAGCUGAUGAAGAUCUACCACCCAAUGAUCUUCUUUGUCCUUUAUGUAAACGAGUUUAUACUGACGCUGUGAUUGCACCUUGUUGUAGUCAUAGUUUUUGUGAUAGUUGUAUUCGCACAGCUUUGAUUGAAAGUCCGGACCAUGAGUGUCCUAGUUGUCGCACUCAGCACGUUGCUAUUGAUCAGAUAAAUCCCAAUCUAUUUUUACGAAAUCACAUUAAGCGUUGGCAUGAAAGUCAGAAUCAAUCCUACUACCCACAAUCGACUGCACCUUCGUCAAGUGUAGAUCAAGAUUCGGAAGCAACAUCAAUCAAUCGGUCGAAUUCAAACGAAACAGAUGAAUACGAUACAGCUGUUCUUUCGACAAAUUCUCAACCAGCAAUUUCGUCGGCGAAAGCAGCACCUAUCAUUAUUAAAAUGCAACUGAAAAGUCAAUCACCACCAUUGCCGGUUGCCGCGAAUCGACCAGUUGAUGUUCCAUCCGAAAGUGAAAAGACAGUCGAUUCAGAUCCAACAGUAUCUAGUCGAAAAGACUUUCAUACAAACGACGAAAUAGCAGAUAGUUUACCUUCAUCUAGCAUGGCUGAAAAUGAAAAGACAGAACCUGAAACACCUCUAAUUCAAAUGACACACUCAAAUACGAUCUAUACUUCUCCAACGCCUGCUACUACAAUGGCUCCAGCCAAUCCUGUUGUACAACAUUAUUACCCAGCUCCUCCACAUCAUAACAUUAUCUAUCCUCAUCAUGUUCCUCCAGCUGCAGCAAAUGGCCUUUACGCCAUGCAACCAAAUUACUAUCCCCCGCCGAUGGGCGUUCGAUAUCCACCAGCAGGUAUUCAUCCGUAUCAACCAUAUCCACCUGUGCAACCAGUUCAUCAUCAUCAUCAUCCUAUUCCUCCUCCUCGUCCAAUCGUUCCAUCUCCACAUAUUCCAACAAACGGUUAUACUAUGCCCGGUUUUCAUCCACAUCCUACAGCUCCAUUUACUUCAACAUCAACUUUUAUUGCUCAUCAUCAAACAGCAACGCAGCCGAUAUCGACAACGCUAUCUGAAAAUGAAUUCUACACGAAACAACGGUACUUUCAACGAAUGCAAGGUUCACCCAGUCGUCGUCGUUCGCGUUCAUCCUCUUAUUCAUCAUAUUCGAGCAGUGAUUCUCGUAGUUCCUCACGUUCGCGUCACGAUCGUCAUCGUCGUUCAUCUCGUAGUCGAAGUCGUCGACGUACCAAGAAGUCGCCUAGCCGCGACAAUCGUCGUCAACGACGAUCAUCAUCGUAUCAAAGUCGACGUCGACCACCACCACCACCCCCUGCUGACAUCAAAGAUAAGUACUCGUCGUCGGCAUCGAAAUAUCGAAGAUCUUCACCACGGCCAAAUCGAAACUAUGAACGCCGUCGUUCGCCUCGUCCACCUCCAACGGUUCAACAAUCGACACAACGGACGUUUGUUUAUAUGGAAGAAUCGUCACAUUCCAGUCGAGACCGUCGUCGAUCAAAGAGUCGUUCGCGAGGUACUGAUGAUCGUAAUAAUACGUCAUCAUCAUCAUCGUCGAAGAAAGAACAACAACAACAACAACAACAACCAGCAUCGCAAUCUUCUCCGGCGCCAACCCCGACGACGACAACACCUUCAAUACCAACGACGCUUUCAUCGAAAAUCGAAACAGUAGCGGAGGAAUCAUCGGGAAAAGCUCAAGAUGAGAGUACCAAAAAUGGAAAAAAGCAUAAGAAGCAUCACAAGAAACAUCGACAUUCGAGUUCAAAGAGCAAAAAACGCCAUCGUAGUAAAGACAAAGAGAAGAAAACCAUGAUCGACUCCUCGUCAUCUGUUCUUGAAGUACAAUCAUAA